CCAAAGUCAUGCUAAGAUUAGAACCUUGAAGGACUACGACGUGUUUUACCCUCUGGCAAAGGAGAAUAUUGAAAAACACACUGUGUGCCAAAAAGAAUAAAAAUGCAUUCCACCUGGAUUGGGAUCACUCUCUUCUUGCUCUGUCCAACUGUGAUUUAUGGUGGGAAGGUUCUCGUUUUUCCAGUGGAUGGGAGCCACUGGGUGAACAUGAAAAUCAUUAUUGAGGAACUACACUCAAGGGGCCACCACGUUUCUGUUGUGCGAUCAUCAGACAGCUGGUACAUCAAGGAAACCUCCCCAUCCUAUACUUCAAUUACACUCGAUACAGAAUCUGGAUUUGAUGAAGAAUUUUUAACUGCAUUUGUGACCCAGUUGCUGGAAAUCCAGAGGGGAGGGAAGUCUGCCUGGACACGUUUCAAACUGGAGAUGGAAAUGGCACAAAAGUCUUCUGAGAUGCAUGUGAAAACAAGCAAAAUGCUUGAGCUGCUUUUUGAGAACAAAGAUCUGAUGCAGUCUCUACGGGAUGCCAAAUAUGAUCUUGUCCUUACAGACCCUGUUACACCAAUAGGUGUUGUAUUUGCCCGCUACCUAAGAUUGCCUCUUGUUUACAAUGUGAGAUGGACCAGUCAAGGUGAAGGUCAUUUUUCAAUCGCACCUUCUCCUCUGUCUUACAUCCCUAUUGUAGGGACUGAGCUCCCAGAUAAAAUGAGCUUUCUUCAGAGAGUUCUCAACGUAAUUGCUUUUGGCUUUGGAGAGUAUCAGAUAGCACAGUAUGUUUUACCAUAUUAUGCUGGCAUAAUUGAUAAAUAUUUAGGUCCAGACACAGACUUUUUAACCCUCUUUGCAGCAGCAGACAUUUGGCUGAUGAGAGUGGACUUUGUGUUUGAGUUCCCUCGUCCCACCAUGCCUAAUGUCGUCUAUAUGGGAGGGUUUCAGUGUAAACCUGCAAAACCUCUCCCUGAACACUUCGAGGAGUUUGUGCAGAGUUCUGGAGAGCAUGGAGUCAUCAUCAUGUCUCUGGGGACACUAAUUGGAGAGCUUCCCCGUGACCUAGCUGAUGAGAUCGCUGCAGCUUUUGCUAAAUUACCACAGAAAGUCAUCUGGAGACAUAAAGGUGACAGGCCGGCCACUCUGGGCAACAACACUUUACUAGUCGACUGGAUGCCACAGAACGAUCUCCUAGGACAUGCCAAGACAAAACUAUUCGUGGCUCAUGGAGGAACAAACGGUGUUCAAGAAGCAAUCUACCACGGAGUUCCUAUCUUGGGACUUCCUUUGAUUUUUGAUCAGCGUGAUAAUCUAUUAAGAAUUGAAGUGAGAGGAGCAGGGAAGAUAAUUGAUAUUUUUAGUAUGAAUGAAGACAUAUUCUUUCAGGGUGUUCAGGAAGUCCUGAAUGAGCCCUCCCACAGGAUGAACAUGGAGAGACUCUCCAGGCUGCACAGAGAUCUGCCAAUGAAGCCGCUAGAUACCGCCAUCUUCUGGAUAGAGUUUGUCAUGAGACACAAAGGUGCAGCUCACCUGAGAACUGAGUCCUACAGACUGCCCCUGUACUCCUACCACUCUGUUGAUGUGAUGCUGUUCUUAGCUGGAGUUGUACUGAUUAUUCUGGGCACCUUUGCUGCCUUAAUAAGGUGUUUAUGCUCCCUGUGUCUGAGAAGAAAAGGUAAACGUGACUAAAAAAAAAAAAAAAAAUCAAAGUAGCAAUUGCAAUUAAAUCUAAACCAUAAAUGGUGUUGCUAUUUCACCAACCUGGUAAUCUGGAUAAACAAACAUGUUUCAUCUUCGGCAUGCAGUUUUUCUUGGCAGGUUGGCAAGUACAUUAUUUUGAAAAAAUAACCAAUGUACAGUGACUUGGCCACUUCAGGGGGAACAUAAUAAAAGCAUUUACAAAGA